UUAGAUUUGCACCCAGACCCCAACUCCUCUCUCUCUCACACAGUCGGAUCUGUCACGCCCUUUUCUCUCUUUUCUGAUUUCUCUCACACGAUACACCACAAUCGCUCCCACCAGACCUCAUCAACGCGCACCACCACGCCGGCCGCCGCUCCACCACGCCGGUCGCCGCUCCACCACCGAUCAGUCCAGCCGUCCCUCUCUCUGGCUCUGCGGUUCUAUAGACUACAGAUGAUUGCAGAUUUGCAGGGUGGGAAUAUAUGUGUUAGUGAUGGGUUGCUAGAAAAUGCUCUCUGCAUUCUUGUUUUGGUUUCUCUAUUUUAGUGGGGCUGUCAUGAGUUGAGGGGGAUGAAAAUCUGAUUGAGUUAGUUUAGCUUUAGUUUUUUUUUAAGACCAAAAUGCAUCAGUUCAGCCUAUAGCCAUAACCAAAGGUCCAGGACCAGCUUUUACAUGUUUCAAGUGAAUUGAUAAAUGUGAUGCAAGUUGAAUGCAAUAGAAGACCAUUCUUAUUCAUUAAAUUCCAUCAUAUGUACGCAGAUCAGUUUUCUCACUGAGUUGGGUGCUUAGAUUCUUUUCUCCCAAUUACCCCCUGAACUAGUAGUUCUUUGUUUUAUGAGUGAGUCUUCUUUUUCACAUGUUAUAUGUAACAAGGCAUGCAAUCCCCAAACUUCCUCGCAUUCUUAUGCCGUCCUCUUCCUUCCUUCCAUAUGCUCAACAGACCAGGCACCGUCUUCAUUCAAACUCCUCAUUGCCACCGCAAAUUUCAUACUAUUGAUGAUGCUGUGGCUUUGUUUCGUCGCAUGCUCCAUAUGCAUCCCCCACCAUCGGUUGUGGAAUUCACCAAAAUCCUAGGAGCAAUUGUAAAUAUGAAAGACUAUGCCAUACCUAUCUAUCUUUAUACUCAAAUGGAAUCUAGGGGCAUCCUGCCAUAUACAGUUACUUUAAACAUCUUGAUGAAUUGUUACUGCCAUCUGGGUCAGCUGGGUUUUGCUUUCUCUGUACUGGCUAAGAUUCUUAAGUUGGGUUACCAACCAAGUGUUGUAUCUUUGACUACACUAAUCAAGGGCUUGUGCAUUACUGGUAAGGUGUUGGAUGCAUGUACAAUUCAUGACAAUAUAGUCGCAAAAGGGUUCCGCUCAGAUCAAGUUAUGUAUGGAACCUUAAUGAGUGGUCUGUGUAAGAGUAAAGGAUCAGGAAAUGCCAUUCAAACACUUCAAGAAUUGGAGGCCUUACAAUUGGUUAAGCCGAAUCUUGUAAUCUACAAUACAGUCAUUCAUGGUUUGUGCAAAGAUGGACUUGUAAACAAGGCACAGAAAUUGUGUUCUGAAAUGAUUCAACGCGGAAUUUUCCCUGAUGUUGUCACUUUUAGUUCGUUAAUUUAUGGCUUCUGUCAUGCAGAUCAGUGGAAAGAGGUCAGGUUAUUGCUAAAUGAGAAUAGUCUAGAUGUUUGUUCCUUCAACAUAAUAAUGGAUGCAUUAUGCAAACAAGGGCUGCUCUUAGAAGCCCAUGCUGUUUGUUAUGAGAUGAUUAAAAGAGGUGUUCAGCCUGAUGUUAUUUCUUAUACUAUUUUAAUGGAUGGCUAUUGUUUAAAAUGUAAAGUGGACAAGGCAAGAAAAUUAUUUGAUAUGAUGAUUGAAGCGGGUUUGGUGCCUGAUGUUUGGAGUUAUAACAUCCUCAUUCAAGGCUACUGCAAGAUUGAAAGAGUCGAUGAAGCUAUGAAUCUAUGUGAAGAUAUGCUCACUAAGAAUUUAGUUCCAAACGCUGUCACCUACAAAUAUCUGUUUGAUGGCUUGUGCAGAUUUGGGAGACUCCCUGAUGCAUGGAACUUUCUUACUCGAAUGCAUUAUCGUGGCCAUCGACCCCCUGAUCUUACCCCUUACAAUAUCAUAUUAGAAACUUUAUGCGAACAGCAUCUGGAUAAGGCAAACAAAAUUUUUAAUUCCCUCAUCCCUGAACCUAAUGUUCAGAGUUACAACAUCUUGAUUAGUGGUUAUUGCAAGAAUGGAAGAGUAGAUGAAGCUAUGAGUAUUUAUCAAAAUAUGUGUUUGAGGAAUAUAGUUCGAGAUAGUGAGACCUUCAAGUUGUUGAUAAAUGCUUUCUGCAAACGGAAGCAAUGUGACAAGGCAAUUGCAUUAUAUAAAAAUAAUCGUGACUUGUGCCCAUUCAAAAUACUUAUGGAUGGCUUGCGCAAAAAUGGAAUGGAGGAGGUAGCACAGAGGGUUUCCCAGCUUUAUGGAGCCUGUGAUCCAGAUGUGGCAUUAGUUCGGAAUCAAUUAGCUCUCUAAAGAUGAUUUGGCAGAAUCCAGAAUGACCUUGCGUUGCUCUGUGAAGAUAAUUUCACCAUUUUCUCGUCCUCCCUGUUUUCUCCCACCACGUCCCUCCAUCCAAUUUGAAGUUCAGGAGGUAAAUAAUACCGUGGGGCCAACAGCUCAAAGAGGAGUUGCUCUGUUAUUUUCUGCUCCUGCGCUUGCAUUUUCAAGGUGGUGUCAAAGGAAACCACAAGAACUUCCCCUGAUUUGCUGGUGAUAAGGGUCUUAAGAGGUUCAACCUGAUGUUAUUUCACUAUUUUAAUGAAUGGAUAUUGUUUAAAAAGUAAAGUGGAUGAGGCAAGAAAAUUAUUUGAUAAGGGAAACUGGAAUGCCAAAGGCUGCACAGUUGCUGGGUCAUCUCCAUUUUUUCCUCCUCCCCCUUUUUUCCCUCAUCGCUUCCCUCCAUCUAAUCUGAACUCCAGGUGUACAGUCCUCUGCUAGAAAGUUGUUGAUUUUCUUGCUGAGUUUUGAAGGCUAAAUUCUUUAUUGACCCAUUUGGAAUACGAAAGUAAAGUCAUGGAUCAGUUAUAUCAUUGGUUCAGGAUCUGCUUUUCCUACGUGGUGUACAUUAUUUUAUAUGUAUACAAUUUAAUAUCUAAUGGUAGGAGGUAAAUAAUACAACUGCGCCAACUACUCAAAGAGGAGCUUCUCUAUUACUUGCUUCGCAUGCACUUGCAUUUUCAAGGUGGCGUCGUCAAAGGAAACCACAGGAAUUUUCCUCUGAUGUGCUGGUGAUAAGGAUCCUGAAGUAACAUCCUGGUGAAGCUUAAGAGGUUCUUGCCAUGAGAACUGCAAGUUUCAACAGAUACCUUAAGCAAUAAGAAUAUUCUUGGAAAGGGAGGGUACAAAAGGUGCUUUGCAGAAGGUUCAUUGGUACUAUAAUGGAAAUGUUGCCCCAUGCUCAAGAGGGUCUGUAGGAUUGUGUUGGGGAUCGUUUCAGUGCAGCAUUGCUUGCGGUUUAGAGGCUUGGAUACGGAAGGUUUGUGUCCUCUCUGUGAUUGUGAAGCUGAAACUAUUGAUCAUGCUUUUUUGUCAUGCAAUCAUGUUCAGAUGCUUUUGAUUGGAUCUCUACUUGGCUUACGUUUACUAUAUUGCAUCUAGGAGCAUUGAAACAAUGUCAUUUUUAAGGAGUUGCAGCUUGAUGAGUCGCCGUCUCUUCAACGAUCUUCACGCUGCAUGCUCUUCCUGAUUUAUGUUUUGUUUCGUCCAUGGCUGCCCCUUUGACGGUUACAUGGCAGCAAACCAGCAACCUUCGGGUGGGAAAAUCAAAAUUAAUUUGAUGUGUCAGUUGUUGAGCAUUUGGAUGUGGGGUUUGGUCUCCUUGCUGGUGAUCAUGAGGGUGAGGUUCUCGCUGCAACUAGCGCUUUCCCCCUCUCGGUGUUGCCUCCUUUGAUAGCGGAGGCGUUUUGUUGGGCUCUUUCUUCAGAUAUGACUUCAUGUUUUGGAUCAUUUUGCUUUGAGAUAGGCUAUUUACAGCUCUAUGAGACUUGGAUGAAGACUUAGCCCGGGUCUUCGUAUGUUUGCACUUUAGUGAAUGAUUGUCGUUUACUUGCUUGUUAUUUUGAUUUUAUUGAACCCUCUUUUGUUUGUACAAGCAGCAAUAGUUCUGAGGUUUUUUUUU